AUGUCCCAAAACCCUUCGAAUUCUACCUCUUCCGGCCCUUCCGCUCGGCCUCGGGGUCGUCGUGCCUCCGUUGCCUCUGCUGCAUCCUUCUCAGAGCUUUUUGCAAGACCCGGCAACGCAGGCCUUCCACAACCACCGCCAACCGCUGCCGUAAAUAUUCCCGGCUCAAUCAUGUCAUCUGCAAGUGCUCAGGCACAGCAACGCCGCCGCAUGUCGAUUACCACGCUAGGCCUCUCGGGGUCUCCAACUCAACAAUCAUCUCCCUUUGGAAGUGCCCCUGCGGGUAUGCGUCGUGGGAGUAUCUCGAGCUCCGUGAUAUCCGGUUCGCCUACACGGGAAGACUCUGUGCUAGAAGAGAACGGAAAUGACACCCCGAUAACCUCGCCUACAUCCCCAUUUCCCCGUCGUGUCUCGUUUGGAGCUCAGGCAUUCCGCGAUCGCGUUGGGAGUGCAAGUGCAAAUGGCGAAGGCUUUAAUUGGCCAGAAGCCCUCCGGACACGCGCGGAGCGCGCUCCUUCGUUUGGAAGCUUCCCUCCGACGUCUCCCACUGCUGGUUCCCAUGGAUCGCCACCUUCGUCUACUCCACAUUCCAAGCAUCACCAGCGAGCAGCUUCCAUUGCAGCAAUGGAACAACCCAUUCAAGAUAUUCGUGAUACCCACAAGCGGCAACAGAAACAACAACAGCGAAAGCCAAGCCAAUACCGAUUACUUCCAGGAGAAGAUACUUAG